GUAGCCAGCAGGGUGCGCGGCGCCGAGCCGAGGGGGCGGGCUGAGGGGCGGCCCCCGGGAGAGAGCGGCCAGGUGGAGGAGGAGCGCGGAGGCGACCGCAGCAUCUGCCUGCCCUUCUGCCAUCCGAGCGCCCUGACUGCGCCACACCGCAGGCCAUGGAGAAUGAGCUGCCAGUCCCUCAUACAUCUAGCAGUGCCUGUGCCACCAGCAGUACCAGCGGGGCCAGUAGCAGCAGUGGCUGCAACAACAGCAGCAGUGGUGGAAGUGGCCGCCCCACCGGGCCCCAGAUUUCUGUGUACAGUGGUAUUCCAGACCGGCAGACCGUGCAGGUGAUCCAGCAGGCCCUACACAGACAGCCCAGCACGGCCGCUCAGUACCUGCAGCAGAUGUACGCUGCCCAACAGCAGCACCUCAUGCUGCAGACUGCAGCGCUCCAGCAGCAGCACCUCAGCAGCGCCCAGCUCCAGAGCCUGGCGGCCGUGCAGCAGGCAAGCCUGGUAGCCAACAGACAAGGAAGCACUUCAGGCAGCAAUGUGUCUGCACAGGCCCCGGCCCAGUCAUCUUCGAUCAACCUGGCAGCCUCCCCAGCAGCAGCCCAGCUCCUCAACCGGGCCCAGAGCGUGAACUCUGCAGCAGCCUCAGGCAUUGCUCAGCAGGCCGUGCUCUUGGGCAACACGUCUUCCCCAGCCCUGACUGCGAGCCAAGCACAGAUGUAUCUGAGGGCACAGAUGCUCAUCUUCACGCCCACGGCCACCGUCGCUACUGUGCAGCCUGAGCUCGGCACUGGCUCCCCCGCCCGGCCCCCCACCCCCGCCCAGGUACAGAACUUGACCCUCCGAACACAGCAGACGCCGGCAGCAGCAGCCUCGGGCCCCACCCCCACUCAGCCUGUCCUGCCCAGCUUGGCCCUGAAACCCACGCCAGGCAGUAGCCAACCUCUGCCUACCCCAGCACAGAGCAGAAAUACUGCUCAGGCUUCCCCCGCAGGUGCCAAGCCUGGCAUAGCUGACAGUGUGAUGGAGCCACUCAAGAAAGGAGAUGGCAACAGCAGUGUGCCAGGGAGCAUGGAGGGCCGGGCUGGGCUCAGCCGGACAGUUCCUGCUGUGGCUGCCCACCCCCUCAUUGCACCAGCUUAUGCUCAGCUGCAGCCACACCAGCUCCUCCCACAGCCAUCCUCAAAGCACCUGCAGCCCCAAUUUGUGAUCCAGCAGCAGCCACAGCCACAACAGCAGCAGCCACCACCCCAGCCAUCACGACCUGGGCUCCAAGCUCAGCCCCACCCUCAGCUCGCCUCAGUCUCUCCAAGUGUGGCCCACCAGCCCAGCUCAGAGGCCCAUGCCAUGCCACUAGGCCCGGUUACACCCGCCCUGCCGCUCCAGUGUCCCACUGCCAACCUGCACAAGCCUGGCGGCAGUCAGCAGUGUCACCCUCCCACGCCUGAUGCUGGGCCUCAGAAUGGACAUCCCGAGAGCGUGCCCCACGCUCCUCAACGCAGGUUCCAGCACACUUCAGCCGUCAUCUUACAACUGCAGCCUGCUUCACCAGUGCCCCAGCAGUGUGUUCCUGAUGACUGGAAAGAAGCGGCACCAGGGGAGAAGAGUGUGCCUGAGACUCGGUCUGGCCCAUCACCACAUCAGCAGGCUAUUGUCACUGCCAUGCCUGGUGGCCUGCCUGUACCCAAGAGCCCUAACAUCCAGCCGUCCCCAGCUCACGAGACAGGGCAGGGCAUUGUUCAUGCACUGACCGACCUCAGCAGCCCCGGCAUGACCUCAGGGAACGGAAACUCUGCCUCCAGCAUCGCCGGCACUGCCCCCCAGAAUGGUGAGAAUAAACCACCACAGGCCAUUGUGAAACCCCAAAUCCUGACGCAUGUUAUCGAAGGGUUUGUGAUCCAGGAGGGGGCGGAGCCUUUCCCGGUGGGACGCUCGUCCCUGCUGGUGGGGAACCUCAAGAAGAAGUAUGCACAGGGGUUCCUGCCUGAGAAACUUCCACAGCAGGAUCACACCACCACCACUGACUCGGAGAUGGAGGAGCCCUAUCUGCAAGAAUCCAAAGAGGAGGGUGCUCCCCUCAAACUCAAGUGUGAGCUCUGUGGCCGGGUGGACUUUGCCUAUAAGUUCAAACGUUCUAAGCGCUUCUGUUCCAUGGCUUGUGCAAAGAGGUACAACGUGGGAUGCACCAAACGGGUGGGACUUUUCCACUCAGACCGGAGCAAGCUGCAGAAGGCAGGAGCUGCGACCCACAACCGCCGUCGGGCCAGCAAAGCCAGUCUGCCACCACUUACUAAGGAUACCAAGAAGCAGCCAACAGGCACUGUGCCCCUUUCGGUUACUGCUGCUUUGCAGCUAACACACAGCCAGGAAGACUCCAGCCGUUGCUCAGAUAACUCAAGCUAUGAGGAACCCUUGUCACCCAUCUCAGCUAGCUCAUCUACUUCCCGCCGGCGACAAGGCCAGCGGGACCUGGAGCUCCCCGACAUGCACAUGCGGGACCUGGUGGGCAUGGGACACCACUUCCUACCAAGUGAGCCCACCAAGUGGAACGUAGAAGACGUCUACGAAUUCAUCCGCGCUCUGCCAGGCUGCCAGGAGAUAGCAGAGGAAUUCCGUGCCCAGGAAAUCGACGGGCAAGCCCUGCUGCUGCUCAAGGAGGACCACCUGAUGAGCGCCAUGAACAUCAAGCUGGGGCCUGCCCUGAAGAUCUACGCCCGCAUCAGCAUGCUCAAGGACUCCUAGGGCCGGCGGCAGCCAGGAUGCUGGCCCAGGGCGCCUCCUCCCGACUGAGCAGAGCCAGACAGACAUUCCUGAGGGGCCCAGAAAUGGGGCCAGUUGGAGGGCGGGGGCUCUCCCUAGGGGCGUAGCUGGUGAGGAGGUCUGGGCACCUCCUCCAUGGCUCUCAGGGGCCUUUCAUUUCUGUGGGAGGGGCAGAGAGGUAGGUGGCACAGAAGAUGGGGCUUUAUGCUUGUAAAUAUUGAUAGCACUGGCUUCCUCCAAAGUCCCAAUACUCUAGCCCCGCUCUCUUCCCCUCUUUCUGUCCCCCAUUUUCCAGGGGGUAUAUGGUCAGGGCUCCCCAACCUGAGUUGGGUUACUUCAAGGGCAGCCAGCAGGCCUGGAUGGAGGCCUAGAAAGCCCUUGCCUUCCUUCCUCCCACUUCUUUCUCCAGGCCUGGUUAACUCUUCCGUUGUCAGCUUCUCCCCCUUCAGCCUGUUUCUGCAGCAGCCAGGGUUCUCCCCGCUACACCCUCUGCAGGUGGAGAGAGAGAAGCUGGGCCCCGCCGGGCCGUGCCUGCUGGCACAGACGCCUUAACGCUGUGUGUAUGACUGUGUGACUGUGUGGGAGCCUGGACUGACAGAUAGGCCAAGGGCUACUCUCUGGCAUCUCCAGGUGUUUUGUAGCAAACAGCCACUUAGUGCUUUGUCCUGGACUCCACUCAGCCUCAGGAUGGGGAAUAGCCAAGAAGGGCAGCCUCAGUGCAGAGGCAAGGUCAGAAAGAGACGGCGCUUCAGUUUCCUUUCCAGACACCUCCCCGCACUGUGAAGUUCCGCUGACUGCCCUCCUGGUUCACAAAGAGCAUUAAGAAAGCUGCGGUGGUCUGAGCAACAUAGCUCAGAGGGCUGAGCCUCCUGGCCUGCCUGUCCCAGUGGUGGGGCCCGGAGAACUUCUAAGGGGAGAGAACAGCUGGAGUUUCUGCUGAUGUGAGGAAGGCAGCUCGUGGCCUCCCACUCCCACACUUCUUUGCCCAUAAAACUUCCUAGCAGCAAUUUGAGCUACCUGAGAAGGAGGCAGGGCAGGAAGGGCGAGGGCCUGCCUCUGACCUGCCAUGUCCUUUGCAGGAAGGAGGUAGGCACCUUUCUGAGCUUAUUCUAUUCCCCACCCACACCCCCAGGCAGGGUUGGAAAUGAAGGACUUUUUUAACCUUUGUUUUUGUUUUUUAAAAAUAAAUCUGUAAAAUCUGU